AUGAUGCAAUAUGACAUGGCCCUCACUUUCUAUGAAAAAGCUUCCUCAGAGAGGCCUAUGUAUGCUGAAGCAUAUUGCAACAUGGGUGUGAUUUAUAAAAAUCGAGGUGAUUUGGAAGCGGCUAUUACUUGUUAUGAGAGGUGUUUAGCUGUUUCACCUAACUUCGAGAUUGCCAAAAAUAAUAUGGCUAUAGCUUUGACAGAUUUGGGAACAAAGGUUAAAUUGGAGGGCGACAUCAACCGGGGUGUGGCUUUUUAUAAAAAAGCCUUAUUUUAUAACUGGCAUUAUGCUGAUGCUAUGUAUAAUCUCGGGGUUGCUUAUGGUGAGAUGCUUAAGUUUGAUAUGGCUAUUGUAUUCUACGAGCUUGCCUUUCAUUUCAAUCCACAUUGUGCGGAAGCUUGUAACAAUCUAGGUGUUAUAUAUAAAGAUCGUGACAACCUUGAUAAAGCUGUAGAAUGCUACCAGCUUGCUUUGUCAAUCAAGCCCAACUUUUCACAGUCAUUAAAUAACCUUGGUGUUGUCUACACUGUCCAGGGUAAGAUGGACGCCGCGGCAAGUAUGAUUGAGAAAGCUAUCAUUGCAAAUCCGUCAUAUGCAGAGGCCUACAAUAACCUAGGAGUUCUUUACAGAGAUGCUGGUGAUAUUGCUCUAGCAAUUAAUGCUUAUGAACAAUGUCUCAAGAUUGAUCCCGACUCUCGAAAUGCUGGCCAGAACCGCCUGCUUGCAAUGAAUUACAUAGAUGAAGGAAAUGAUGACAAACUUUUCGAAGCUCAUAGGGAUUGGGGUAGGCGGUUUAUGAGACUAUAUCAACCAUUCACAUCAUGGAACAACUCAAAAGAUCCCGAACGGCCUCUUGUGAUAGGAUAUGUGUCUCCUGAUUAUUUUACACACUCUGUGUCAUAUUUCAUAGAAGCUCCCCUUAUCUAUCAUAACUACGCCAAAUAUAAAGUGAUUGUUUAUUCAGCAGUUGUGAAGGCAGAUUCAAAAACCAUUCGGUUUAGAGAGAAAGUUUUAAAGAAGGGUGGGAUCUGGAAAGAAAUUUACGGGACUGAUGAAAAAAAGGUCGCUGAUAUAAUUAAAGAAGAUCAAGUUGAUAUUUUGGUAGAACUUACUGGUCAUACAGCAAACAACAAGCUGGGAAUGAUGGCAUGUCGACCUGCUCCAGUUCAGGUGACUUGGAUUGGUUAUCCCAAUACUACAGGAUUGCCUGCAAUUGAUUACAGAAUAUCUGAUUCACUGGCAGACCCUCCUGAAACAAAGCAGAAGCAUGUUGAAGAGUUGGUCCGAUUACCAAAUUGCUUCCUUUGUUACACUCCCUCCCCUGAGGCCGGUCCCGUGUGUCCGACUCCUGCCCUUUCCAAUGGUUUUAUUACAUUUGGUAGUUUUAACAAUCUUGCCAAGAUUACUCCUACAGUAUUGAAGGUUUGGGCAAGGAUAUUGUGUGCAAUUCCGAAUUCUCGCCUCGUGGUAAAAUGUAAACCAUUUUGCUGUGAUAGUGUGAGACAGAGGUUUCUUUCAACCCUAGAACAGUUGGGAUUGGAACCACUACGAGUUGAUCUUCUGCCCCUUAUUCUACUUAACCAUGAUCACAUGCAAGCAUAUUCUCUGAUGGACAUCAGUUUGGACACAUUUCCAUAUGCUGGGACAACUACGACAUGUGAAUCUUUAUACAUGGGAGUUCCAUGUGUUACAAUGGCUGGUUCAGUACAUGCACACAAUGUUGGUGUUAGUCUUCUUAGCAAUGUUGGGCUGGGGAAUUUGAUUGCCAAAAAUGAAGACGAAUAUGUUAAAUUGGCCAUGAAGUUAGCCUCCGACAUUCCAGCAUUACAAACCUUGAGAAUGAGUUUACGAGAGCUCAUGUCAAAGUCCCCUGUUUGUGAUGGAGCAAACUUUAUCCGUGGUCUCGAGUCAACAUAUAGGAGCAUAUGGCGCAGAUAUUGUGACGGAGAUGUUCCAUCUUUGAAACGCCUGGAAUUAUUAGAACCACCUGUUUCUACCGACAAGAACUCUGAGCCAACAAGGGUUACUAACGGAAUUGAGGGCAGCACUGGAUCUGUCAAGGCGAAUGGAUUCAAUUCAGCACAGCCACUUAAGCUUAAUACUAACGGCUGGGAAGAAAAUGGCGGGUCCUUGAAAAACAGUAAGUAG